CACCCGGCUGUGAAGAACACCGUCUUACUCUUCCGGUGCGCCCUCCUUUAUAAAUCGGCUCCUGUUCAGUGUCGAGCAGAAGUUGUACCGGACGUCUCAGUCAUGAAGCUGCUGCCCGUUCUCCUGCUGGUGGUCUGUGGGGCCCUGGCCAAGCCAGGGGACCUCUCCAAGAUGCCGCCCCGGCUGGCCGAGUUCUUCAAGAAGAACUUUGGCACCCCUGGCGGCGCCAAGCCCCCGGCACGCGAGGAGGUCUCCUACACCCUGGUCGAGAAGAACGAUAAAUUUGAGGAGCGCAUCUACCCGGCCUGGAACUGGGUGUGCAUCGAGGUGAAGUCCGAAGGUGACCACAUGAUGGACUUCCUCGAGCUGGCCAUGUACAUGCAGGGUGAGAACGCCGCCGGCGAGCUGAUGCAGCUCACCAUUCCGGUGAUGAUGCAGCGUCGCGCCGGGGGUGGUGCAGCCAUGUGCGCGCCGCUGCCGGCCUCGCACCAGGCCAGUCUGCCGGCGCCGCUGACGGAUAACAUCCGUCUGGUGGCCGUGCCGCAGACGGCCGUCUACGUGCGCCGCUUCGGCGGCGUGGCGCAGCGCAAGGACUGGGCCGAGCAGGCGGGCACGCUGCAGCGUCACCUCACCGAGGCCGAGCGCGCCUUCCAGAGCACCGUCAUCUCGGCCAUGUUCUCCGACCCGGCCCAGCGCGAGGGGCGCCGCAACGAGAUCUGGCUCAUCAAGGCCUGAGCGCGCGGCCACCACCAACCACGGACGGCGGCACUCCCAGUGUGUCUCGGCUACCAGUCACUGAUGGCGUCAUCGAAGGCUGAUGAUGUCACAAGUUGUUGACGUCGAACACCGCAAAAUACUGUCCUUUGAUGAUAUGUCUUUAGCAAUGAUCGGACAUUGCCGAAAAUGACCAGAAAUAUGAUUGUGCUUUUGGUAAUCCUUCAUUUUAUUUGGCAUAAACUGAACGGAUGUCUGUUUAUCUACCUAUGCUUACCUAUAAUUUUGUUUUUAUACAUCAACGUGUUCUAGACAUUUGUUUGAACUCCCCUAUCUUCACAGCACCAAAGCUGUUCAAAUACACAUUUAUUUCUUCUA